AUGUACGCCCUUUUCAAGCAGGGUUCUUUAGGCAAAUGUAAUACACCAAAGCCUGGGACUUUGGACUUUGUUGGAAAGGCAAAAUGGAAUGCAUGGAUGCAAUGGAAUGCUUUGGGUGAUUUAUCACAGGUAGAUGCACAAAAACAGUAUAUAGCACUUGUGGAAUCUUUACUAGGACAAGAACCCAAGACCAACAGCCAACGCAACAAAGACAUUAAUACAUCAAAUGAGUUUGAAAAUAUUCUUGUCUCUACUGAUGGCGGUUUGAGGACAAUCACAAUGAACAGGCCUGAUAAAUACAAUGCUUUGACCCCAAAGUUUUGUCAACGCCACAAACGAAGAAUAAUGUUUACAAAGCUGAAAGCCACAUGUUGUAUGUACUUUGCUCAUUAUCACUUAUUUAUUAGCGGAAAGCUAAGCUGUUAUGAAUAGCACAACUUACAAGAUGCUUUAUAAUAACGAGAAAAAUAUAAAUUUUGGAACU